AUGCUCUGUUCCGUGCCAGCGACCAAGUCCGGGUCGAACUGGCUGAACCGGCUCCGGUCCAACAAGGGCUUCCCCACCUGCGAGAGUUCCGACCUCGACAACUUCCUUACCCGAAACCUAAGCUCUUCCUCGGAAUUCCCGAAUCCCAAUGUUGUCUCACCAUCCACAGAUUCGACUCGCCCGGAUUCGGACCGAGUCGAUAAUCGCUACGAAACAUCGUACCCCAACCGAGACGACCAGAGAGGGGCAAUCAUCGGGAUGAUGAGCAAUGUUCUCUCGGAGCUAUUUUUCAUGGGCGGCGCCGACGAAAGCUCUAAAAUUUCUGGGAAAAAGAUACCUAGAAAGCAAGCAAACCCCAGAGUCCGUGUCGCUUCCUCGACCAACUCUAAUGGCGACGCCACUGCAAAUGCAGCGGAAGAGAAGAGCUCCGGCUGCGAGCUAAAUGUCAAAAAUGCCUUCGACAAAUUGGCGUCCGAUAACAGCAGCUUGGUGGGGAAGAAGAAGAAGAAGAAGAAGAAGACGAAGGAAGGGGGAGGGAAUGUGGGUGGUGGGGAAUGUGAGGGGGAGGAGGAGGAGGAGGAGGAGGAGGAAGAUAAGGGGGAGAUGAAAGGGUAUUCGAGAAGCGAAGUGACGGAGGAAGAAUGUGUGGAAAGUUAG